UCAAACGCCAAACACACCAUUUGAUAUCCAUAUCAAAACUCUUCCCUCGACAGCAACAGGAGAAAGCUGCGCAUAUAAAAAAAACAUCCCACCAAGCCGCCCUCCGCUAUAGAAACUCACCACACACCCUCACUCACAACGCCCGCCAUACAUUCCCACCAUCAUCAGUACAAUGUCACCGCACUUUGAAUCGCCGCCCCCAGGCCCCUCCUCCGCCGCCUCGCCACCACGCCUGGAGCCCAUCAACCUCACCCGCCCGACCCCGCGGGCCCCCCGGUCCGCCUCGCGGUCGGCGCGCGUCCGCGUCUUCAACAGGCGCCGCGAGUACCUGGACCGCCACCCGUCCUAUAUGGCCUCGGCCGCCGACAACGAGCUGGCCGACCCGCUGUUGUACGACUCCCUCAUCCGGCGCUUCCAAACCCCCGCCGAGCGCGAGUCGGACGGCCGCCGACGCGGCUACGGCCACGUGCUGGAGUCCUCCCUCCUGCGCAGCGAGGCGGCGGCGGCCUCCAGCUCUGGCAUCAACGCCGCCGCCGCGGGUGUCGCCCGCAUGCGCAUAGCCGCGUCCUACGUCGGCGAGGCUGCUGUUGCUGCUGCUGCUUCUACCUCACCCUCGCCCUCACCCUCCCCUUCCCCUUCCCCUACUUCCCCCGCCACCGCCAACUUCGGCGUCGUCAACGUCGCCAUCGACGACGACGACGACGACGACGCCCCGCCCGCGGACCGCGCCGAGGCUCGGGCCCGCUGGCUCGACUUCCUGCGCGACCGCUUCGUCGCGGGCCGCGACGACGACUUUGACUACGGCCCCGUCGACGGCGACGACGACCUGGACGCCCUCGAGAGACGCGACGCCGAGGACGCCUGGUUCGACCUCGAGGAGCCGAGCUGGGACGGCAGCGGUGGCGGCGGCGACGACGAUGACGAUAAUGACGACAGCAUGGACGACGACGACGGCGCCGCCAGCGGGGCGGCCACCCGCGAGAGGAGAGGCGAGACGGGCAUACAGGACUAUUGA